AGGGGCGCCCUUGGCUCCCGCCGCCUCCCCAUUAUUGCCUGGGGUCAGCCGGAGGGAGCCCCUCCAGGCGCUCCUUCCAUUGCCCCCAAGCCAACGCGGACUGACCGGAUCACUGCGAGGAUUUCCAAGGCUGUCUGUGGGGGAAGGAUUGGAGAGGAGGAGGAACUGGAAAGCAGCCCAGUGAAAUCUGGACCCGGAACUAGGAAUUCCACUGCACCGGGCAGCAUUUUGUGCAUGGAAAAGAAAGACAUCUGAGAUUUCCUUCAUCCCCACCACCACCUCUCUGUUUAUUACUUUAUCAACGAUUAUCUUACACUGAACUGAUCAAGUACUUUGAAAAUGACUUCAAAACUUCUCCGGGUAUCCUUCAUCCUUGCUGCGUUAACACUUUCAAUGACAUUUUCUCUCCAGCCAGACCAGCAAAAGGUUCUACUGGUUUCAUUUGAUGGAUUCCGUUGGGAUUACUUGUAUAGAGUUCCAACACCCCAUUUUCAUUAUGUUAUGAAAUAUGGUGUUCAUGUGAAGCAGGUCACUAAUAUUUUUAUUACAAAGACCUACCCUAACCAUUAUACUUUGGUGACUGGCCUCUUUGCAGAGAAUCAUGGGAUUGUUGCAAAUGACAUGUUUGAUCCUAUUCUGAACAAAUCUUUCUCCUUGGAUAACAUGAAUAUUUAUGAUUCUGAGUUUUGGGAAGAAGCAACACCAAUAUGGAUCACAAAUCAGAGGGCAGGAUACUCUAGUGGGGCAGCCAUGUGGCCCGGAGCAGAUGUAAAAAUACAUGAGAGCUUUCCUACUCACUACAUGCCUUACAAUGAGUCCGUUUCGUUUGAAGAUAGAGUUGCCAAAAUUAUUGAAUGGUUUACGUCAGAAGAGCCCAUAAAUCUUGGUCUUCUCUACUGGGAAGACCCUGAUGACAUGGGCCACCGUUUGGGACCUGACAGUCCGCUCAUGGGGCAUGUCAUUUCAGAUAUUGACAACAAGUUAGGAUAUCUCAUACAAAUGCUGAAAAAGGCAAAGUUGUGGAACAGUCUGAACCUAAUCAUCACAAGUGACCAUGGGAUGACCCAGUGUUCUGAGGAAAGGAUAAUAGAACUUGACCAGUAUCUGGAUAAAGACCACUAUACCCUGAUUGACCAAUCUCCGGUAGCAGCCAUCUUGCCAAAAGAAGGUAAAUUUGAUGAAGUCUAUGAAGCACUUGCUCAGGCUCAUCCUAAUCUAACUGUUUACAAAAAAGAAGAGAUUCCAGAAAGAUGGCAUUACAAAUACAACAAUCGAAUUCAACCAAUUAUAGCAGUGGCUGAUGAAGGGUGGUAUAUUUUACAGAAUAAGUCGGAUGACUUUAUGUUAGGCAACCACGGUUAUGAUAAUGCAUUAGCAGAAAUGCAUCCAAUAUUUUUAGCCCACGGUCCUGCCUUCAGAAAGAAUUUCACAAAGGAAGCCAUGAACUCCACAGAUCUGUACCCACUGCUCUGCUACCUCCUCAAUAUCACUGCCAUGCCACACAAUGGAUCAUUCAGGAAUGUCGAGGAUCUGCUCAGUUCAAUGGCUGCAAGGGCUAUUCCUUAUACACAGAGUACUACACUCAUUCAUGGUAGUGUCAAACCAAGAGGAUACGAGCAAGAGGAGUCAUAUGCUUAUUUCAUAGGGGUCUCUCUUGGUAGCAUUAUAGUUAUUGUAUUCUUUGUAAUUUUCAGUAAACAUUUAAUUCACAGUCAAAUACCUGCCUUACCAGAUAUGCAGGCUGAAAUAUCUCAACCAUUAUUACAAGCCUAAUGCUAUUUUUAAGUGGAGAUUGCAUAAUUGUGUCAGUGCUUAACGGUUUCAAAUUCUGGGAAACCAGUUUCAGAUAUUUGCAUAGACCGUUAAGCAGUUGUAUACAUAUACAGGCACAGUCGCACACACACCCACACCAAAAUACAUAGACCUGCAAAGGAUUAAGGAUGUGGAGGUAUGUUUCCACUGUUCUCUGCAGCUUAGGGGUACAUAAGAUCCUGCUUUAUUUGGACUUGACACAUAUCAUGUAUAUAUUUAGCAACUUUGCACUAUUUAAAGUACCUUAUACAUUGCACUUUAAAUUACUCUCCUAAUGGGGACUUUUAUGUGAAAUGCGCUUUAUUGACAAUUAUGUCUUAAAACUUGGUUGAAAAAGACAACCUUUUGUGCCCAUGUCACAGAAUACGUGUUAUUCAUUGUUCAAACCGAAUGAAAUUUUUAAUAAUUCCUAAAUAAUGUAGAAAUCUAUCUCCUUAAAUUGGGAGAGCAAGAAGAAAGUGAAAAUUGUUGAAAAUUAAAUGUGACAACUUUUGUAUGUUGAAUUUUGGAGAGAUACAUUCCUAACAGCAGGAUGCAUGUGUGGGCAUUCCUUGUCAUAUUUCUUUCCAAAGGACAUGGAUUUUCAUUUUAUUUUCCCCCAAAAAAGUGAUUCAAAUACUGACAGAUUCAUUCUAAACAUAUUGUUCUGUCAUAAAAUUCAUUAUUAUUUCCUGAUUAGUCAUUUUACUCUGAUUUUCAUGAUAAUGAAGACACCGUGAAUACACAUUUCUUUUCUAUGUAGUCCAUGACCUGAAUAGAAGAGACUGGGCACCAUCUCAGCAAUGUUUUCUCCUGUUCUGUAAUUAUUUGCUUCUUUGAAAACUAAAUCAUUAUUAAUCACAUUAAAAAUCGGAUUAGAUAAAACGGUUUUUGUCUGGUAACAUGUAGUAACAGAGCACAAGCAUCUUUGAGAUUUGGGCAUUUGAAGAUCCAGACUUGCAAGAGAAGCACAAACUAUAUUAGGUGAAAUGCGGGCCACUCACUCUUGGAAAAGAGCUAUGUGGGGCUGGGGGAAAAGUUAGGCAAGACCCUUGUUGUUCACAGUGUACCCAGAACAGUGCCAAAGGGUGCCUGAUGGCAAAAAGGAGCGAAUAACUCUUAGCGUCACAGGUAUUGCGACAAAAGGGGCUCCGAUUACAGCCUUGUUUCUUGAAAUAUUUGAAUGCCCACUCCACCAGGUGCUCAGCGAAUCCAAGACAAAUCUAAGCCCACAAGUAGACUUCUCCCUCCCGGGUAGCGUUUUUCCUUGACAGACAGACAUUACCUCCUGGCUAGUUUUUUUUUCCUGCCUGGUCAUCUCAGCUCCUUUCAUGCUAACCACCUGGAGCUGUGCUUUAGGUCUCCUAAGCAGUCAGGUUGGGGAGAGGGCAGUAUUACCUAUGGUUUUUUUUAGGGGAAAGAGGAAGCCCCAGAAAGAACAGCUUUCCUUGAAGAAAACAGAAACCAGUUUAUGGACCCGUGGCCCAUACAGAACAUUGUGAUUUUUGUAUCUAUUUAUGCACCAACUGGCUUAAUAAGUAGGUAAAAUGGUAUAUGUAUUCCAGAAAGAAAGACUACAUUAGAUGUAGAGAACAAAAGUGGCAUAGUUAAAAAUGUAAUUGAAUAUAAGUGCUUCCUAAAAUAAGGUGAAUAAAUUAUUUUUUUAAGUGAUAAUACCAAUAAAGAAUGUUAGCAUCUAAUUCUCAUUUCAUUAUACAACCUCUUAAUAAGAUGGAAUGAAAUCCCUGGAAAUGUACUAUGGGUUAAAAAGCUGAGAAGUUAGAUGGUAGCAAACUCCUCAAAAAGUCUGAACUCUGGAUUAGACAUUUUGGAAUACGUGACCACUCAUGUUGGCUCGUUUGUAGGUAUGAACUUAUCUGCGCUGUUGAGUUGCCAGUAUAAUGACUGAAAGAUGAAAUUGGUCUAAUUAAAAGCAUUACUAUUCAAGUGCUAUCUGUACAUUUAAACUAAUUAUUGCAUUAAAUUCAUUUUAGAAGGUGCUACUACCUUAGUAGUAAGAAGAAAGUAAAUUCUGUAACAUUGAUGAAAUCAGUAAAAUUCUGAUAUGAA